UCUCAAAUAAAUUUUAACUUAAACACCAAAUAGUCAUCAUCAUGGGUGAUAAAGACAACCUUACAGCCAUCCUGACCAAAGUCAAUGAAAUAAAAUUAGAACAAAAGCCAAUACCGGUACCAGGAUGCCACCAAGUCCUGCUUCAGAUGGAAGUCGUCGGUAUUUGUGGAUCCGAUAUCCAUUAUUGGCUCGAAGGCCGAUGUGGACCUUUCAUAUUGAAAGACCCAAUGGUAAUGGGUCACGAGGCGUCCGGGGUAGUAUUACAAUGUGGAUCUGAAGUCAAAAGUCUAAAACCCGGUGAUCGGGUCACUAUAGAACCUGGUUACGGUUGUAGGCGAUGCGAAUAUUGCAAAACCGGGAAAUACAAUCUUUGUCCUGAUAUGAAGUUUUGUGCCACUCCUCCCGUUGAUGGAAAUUUAGCUAGGUAUUAUGUAACAGAGGCCGAUUUUUGCUUCAAGUUGCCGUGUAAUAUGAGUUUGGAGGAGGGUACUUUGAUGGAGCCGCUUGCUGUGGGUGUACAUGCGUGCAAGUUAUCCAAAGUAACUUUAGGAUCUGUAUGUUUUGUGCAAGGCUCAGGACCCAUCGGACUGUCUGUCUUGGCCGCUGCAAAGGCUUACGGAGCUGGAGCGGUUUUAGUUACGGAUUACAUGGAUUACAGAUUGGAGCUGGCUCAAAAAAUGGGUGCUUUUAAAACCAUCAAUACAAGCGGUAUGAAAGAAUUGGAAAUUGCGGAGAAAGUUAAGACUACUCUUGGAUGUGAACCACACGCGACCUUUGAAUGCGCCGGAGACGUUACAUGUGCUCGAUUGGGAUUGCACUGUACACGAGCAGGAGGAACAGUAGUGCUAUUAGGUAUGGGUGGAAUGGAGAUGAAUAUGCCAUUUGGAGCCGCUCUGGUCAAAGAAAUAACCAUGAUAGGUUCAUUCAGAUAUAACAACGAUUACCCAGAGGCCAUUGAGAUGGUCAGAUCUGGAAGGGUGUGCGUCAAAGACCUCGUUACUCAUCGCUUUAAGAUAGAGGAGACUCAAAAGGCCUACGAGACACACAGAGACAAAGUUGGGAAUCCCAUUAAGAUAAUGAUUUAUUGUAACAAAAAUUGGGAUGGUAAACCUAAGUGAGAAAAGCCAUUAAAAACUUAAAUUUUCCAGCACUGACUUCUUCACUUAAUGUAAAAGUUAUUAAGAGUAAAUAAAGUUCGAAUGAUGAAAACAUU